AAAUGCGAUUGCUAGUGCUGCUGGGCUGUUUGCUAGCGGCAUCUAGCAGCAGCAAUGCUGAGAUUACGACCGUCCUGGGACAGAAUGGAUACGACUAUACCCCACCGAAGGUGCCAUUCCCACCGCCACCGAGCUGUCCCGCUGGUGGAGUACCACCCUACUGUUGCACUAACGGUGGACAAGGACCUAACUGUGUAGUGCCUAGGCCACCACCGCCUCCUCCACCACCAUCCUGCCCGGCUGGUGGAGUUCCACCGUACUGCUGUACCAAUGGCGGAACUGGACCUAAUUGCUAUGUGCCCCCGCCGCCUACUCCACCUCCUACGAGACCUCCACCGACCCGACCACCUAGCUGUCCUGCCGGAGGAGUCCCACCGUACUGUUGCACGAACGGUGGACAGGGACCCAACUGCGUUGUUCCGACGAGACCACCGAAGGGUGACGAGUAUCUACCACCCUGCCCGAACGGAGGUGUAGGACCAAACUGCGUAGUGCCAACACGUCCGCCAGUAACUCCGGCUCCUAGGCCUCCAUUCGGCUGUCCUAACGGAGGAGUUCCACCGAAUUGUUGCACAAAUGGUGGGCAAGGACCUAACUGUGUGAUUCCUAGACCACCACCGCCACCACCAAGCUGCCCUGCUGGAGGCGUGCCACCCUACUGCUGUACUAAUGGAGGAAGUGGCCCGAAUUGUUACGUCCCACCGCCACCAACGCCUCCACCAACUCGUCCACCUCCACCACCACCGACUCGUCCACCGAGUUGUCCAGCUGGAGGAGUUCCACCGUACUGCUGUACCAACGGAGGAACUGGCCCGAACUGCUAUGUGCCACCACCACCAACUCCACCACCGACAAGACCGCCUCCACCUCCUCCAACUCGUCCGCCGAGUUGUCCUGCUGGUGGAGUCCCUCCAUACUGUUGUACGAACGGUGGAACUGGACCAAACUGUUAUGUCCCUCCGCCGCCAACUCCACCGCCGACACGGCCACCUCCACCACCUCCGACCCGACCACCGAGCUGCCCAGCCGGUGGAGUGCCUCCUUACUGUUGUACCAACGGAGGAACCGGGCCGAACUGCUAUGUGCCACCCCCACCAACUCCUCCUCCAACGAGGCCUCCGCCUCCUCCCCCAACCCGUCCGCCAAGUUGUCCUGCUGGUGGUGUUCCACCAUAUUGUUGCACCAAUGGCGGCACCGGCCCGAACUGCUACGUCCCACCUCCUCCAACUCCACCACCAACUCGACCACCCCCUCCACCACCGACUCGUCCACCGAGCUGUCCCGCCGGUGGAGUUCCACCGUACUGCUGUACUAAUGGAGGAACUGGUCCGAACUGCUAUGUCCCACCACCACCGACUCCUCCUCCCACAAGACCUCCACCGACUCGUCCACCAAGCUGUCCAGCUGGAGGAGUUCCUCCUUACUGUUGCACGAACGGUGGACAGGGACCCAACUGCGUGGUACCAACGAGACCUCCGCCACCAACAACACAAAGCAAUCAGUAUCUCCCACCCUGCCCCAAUGGAGGUGUUGGACCAAACUGCCAAGUACCACCGACUCGUCCUCCAAGCUGUCCAGCUGGAGGAGUUCCACCGUACUGUUGCACAAAUGGAGGAACCGGACCGAACUGCUAUGUGCCACCCCCACCGACUCCUCCUCCAACGAGACCUCCGCCUCCUCCACCGACUCGUCCGCCAAGCUGUCCUGCUGGUGGAGUUCCGCCGUACUGCUGUACUAAUGGAGGAAGUGGUCCAAAUUGUUACGUCCCACCACCACCUACUCCUCCACCGACUCGACCACCACCUCCUCCACCAACUCGCCCACCGAGCUGUCCUGCCGGAGGAGUUCCGCCGUACUGUUGUACGAACGGAGGUACUGGACCAAACUGUUACGUCCCUCCCCCACCAACUCCACCACCUACCCGUCCACCUCCACCACCACCAACCCGUCCACCGAGCUGCCCCGCCGGAGGAGUACCUCCUUAUUGUUGCACGAACGGAGGAACUGGCCCGAACUGUUACGUUCCACCACCACCAACACCGCCACCGACAAGACCGCCUCCACCUCCACCAACCCGUCCACCAAGUUGCCCAGCCGGAGGAGUCCCUCCUUACUGCUGUACUAAUGGAGGAAGUGGUCCAAAUUGUUAUGUUCCUCCACCACCAACGCCUCCACCAACUCGUCCGCCUCCACCGCCUCCGACUCGACCACCGAGCUGUCCAGCAGGUGGAGUGCCUCCUUACUGUUGUACAAACGGAGGAUCUGGUCCUAACUGUUACGUACCGCCACCUCCACCAACUCGUCCACCACCUCCACCGCCAACUCCUGGCAAGGAUAACGAAUAUCUUCCGCCAUGCUCUAACGGAGGAGUUGGUCCCAACUGUGUUGUGCCACCCAGACCGACGCCUCCGCCUACUCGUCCACCACCAGCAUGCCCGGCCGGAGGGGUACCACCAUACUGUUGCACUAAUGGAGGAACUGGCCCCAACUGUUACGUCCCUCCUCCACCAACGCCACCACCUACCCGACCUCCACCACCACCACCGCCAAGCUGUCCAGCUGGAAGUGUCCCUCCUUACUGCUGUACUAACGGAGGCACAGGACCCAACUGUUAUGUCCCACCGCCUCCCACUCCUCCACCAACUCGUCCGCCACCUCCACCACCACCAACCUGCCCAGCCGGUGGUGUUCCACCGUACUGUUGCACGAACGGAGGCUCCGGUCCGAACUGCUACGUUCCACCACCUCCACCACCUCCACCAACACGCCCACCACCAACUCGCCCACCACCACCAGCGUGCCCGGCCGGUGGAGUUCCACCGUACUGUUGUACGAACGGAGGCUCCGGUCCGAACUGUGUUGUACCGACGAGACCUCCGCCGCCGCCUCCAACUAGCCCUGCACCUAGCUGCCCUAACGGUGGUGUGUUGCCUUUCUGCUGUACUAACGGUGGCCAAGGACCGAACUGUGAAGUUCCAUCGCACACGCUGGAGGAAGAUGGCUACCAUUACAAGCGGCCAAGCAAACCGUUCACGUUCUAGUUUUAGUUACAGCGGCCGGAAGCUGUACUUUAUGUUCAUUUAAUUUUGUCUUUACUAUUUGUUUAAGUUGAUUCGUUCAUCUGUGAAUAGCAAUAAACGUAAAACGCCUCUACUCAUGUACAUUUUUAACAA